AUGGUGUCGAUGAACCCGAACCCGGCCGAAGGGUUCUACCUGGAUCCUAACGGAAUGGCGCUCCCCGGGCUCGGCCCUUUCGCCAGCUCUACCGCGGAGGCCUCCAACCCGCCGGCGAGUUCCGCCGUCGAGGAUCCGAGCAAGAAGGUCCGGAAGCCUUACACCAUCACCAAGUCGAGGGAGAACUGGACCGAGCCGGAGCACGAUAAGUUUCUCGAAGCUCUCCAGCUUUUCGACCGAGAUUGGAAGAAGAUUGAGGCAUUUAUUGGAUCCAAGACUGUUAUUCAGAUACGCAGUCAUGCUCAGAAGUACUUCUUAAAGGUUCAGAAAAGUGGAACGGGUGAACAUCUGCCUCCUCCCCGGCCUAAAAGGAAAGCUGCUCAUCCAUAUCCUCAAAAGGCCUCAAAAAGUGCAGUUGCAGUGCUUCCACAAUCUUCUGGAUCUGUUCAGUCAUCAUCUGCUCUUCUUGAGCCCAGUGUUCCACCCGACUCCCCUUCAAUGCCAUUGAACCCUAUUACAAGUGCAGCUGAAGUAUCCUGGAAAAACAACAUCCCAGCAGUGUCUUUGUCGAACCAAGGAAAAGCCCCAUCUUUGUCAAAUAAUUGUUGUAGCAGCACUGAGAGUACUCCAAGAACAAAACAAGUAGUUGAAGUGGCCGAGCAAGCAAAUCCGUUAAGAGUUCUGCCAGACUUUUCGCAAGUCUACACCUUCAUUGGCAGUGUCUUUGAUCCAAAUGCCGUUGACCAUUUGCAGAAGCUUAAGAAAAUGGACCCUAUAGAUGUUGACACGACGCUGUUGCUGAUGCGAAACCUAUCCAUUAAUUUAACCAGUCCCGAUUUCGAGGAUCAUAGAAGGCUGCUUGCUUCCUACAACACAGAUGCGAACAGGAUAUGA